CGAAGCAGAACCAGGAAGUUACGAACAGGGCGAAGAAGUUAGACGACACUGUGGGAAAUAUUUGCGAUAAAUAGUUUAAACUUAAGGUCACAGUGACUUAUCUGAAGGUUUCUUCUCACUCCUGGAAUGUACACAUUUUUUAAUGAGCUGCUUUUUCGAGUGUUUUAAACGCCGUUAAAACAUUUGUUGAUUUGCUUUGCUAGAGCAUGGAGUUAAAGGACGUGGAGAGGCGCUGCUGUGUUGUCAAGGUAUCAGAGGCGUCUUCUGCAAAGAAACCGGUGAGCUGCAGCGGAGUUGUUGUCCACCCUCGCACAGGAAUCAUCAUAUGUACCGGACUCCCGUUUUCACGUUUUAUCAUCGACGGAGACCCCCUCUACUGGGACCACGACUUCUUGCCACCUCACAGCUUCAGUGCCAAACUUCAAAUCCGCGUCAGCUUUCCAACUGACACCAAGCAGAGCGCACAGAGAGCAACAAUCACACCCACCAGAAGCAAAACAGCAGCAGGGCAGAGGGAGGCUGCAGCCGAGCUGCUGAUGCUGGUCAACUGCGUGGAGUUUAAACAGGCUUUCCAGGCAGUGUUCCAGGAGGCCGACCAGUGGCGUUUCCAUUGUGAUGAGGAUGAGGAGCUGCUCAGAGAUUUCCACUUCCUCAGCUGGUUUGCUGUACUCAGGGCAGGUGUGGUGCUAGACAGCAGCCAGGAUUCAGGCACCAUCCCCUGGCAGAGCAGUGCGCCUCUCCAGAAAGGCUGCCCUGUUGUUGCCUGCGGCUCACCUUUUGGCUCCCUCUGCUUGGAUCUCUUCAUCAGCACCCUCAGCAGAGGCAUCAUCAGUAACCUCGCUGGAGAAGAUAACGCUGUCAUCCUCACAGACGCCCGCUGCCUGCCAGGCACAGAAGGUGGAGGGUUGUUUGUGAUGAAAGGUGCAGGCAGCGUGCAUCUCAUCGGGCUGAUUGUGUCUCCAUUUGGCUGGAAGGCUAAUGAGUGGAUUGGCCUCACUCUGGUCUGCUCUGCCCAGUUGGUCUUCAGGAAUCUCAUCAGCUGCCUGAGUGUCCAGGAUCCCCUCAGAAAUGUUUGGCUUCAUCCAGGAGAGUCGGACAUCCAGAUGUCCACCGCUGCUCACGAGUCAAAAUCUGUUAAAUACCCCACUGUUUGCUUUGUGGACAGCGGGCAGUUCUGGGGUUCAGGGGUAGUUGUUGGCUCUCGACUGGUUGUGACGUGCAGGCAUGUUGUCAACAGGAAGUCUAAAGUCCGCUUGAAGUUCCACCAUAGGGACAGAGUCCAUGAUUCAGUGGGUGAUGUCCUUUUUUCCACUAAGGCAUCUUCACCCUAUGACCUCGCUUUGGUGCAGCUCAGAGACGCUGUCCCAGAAGCUGUGGUCUCACGGAUGUGUCAGAGUUUCAUUCCAGGUGAAUCUGUAGUUGUCGUCGGAUACGGUGGGCUGGGUCGGAGCUGCGGUCCGUCCCUGACCUGCGGCGUCCUGUCCAAAGCCAUUAGCUGGAAUUGCCAGCCUGUCAUGCUCCAGACCACAUGUGCAGUACAAGCGGGGACCAGCGGGGGUGCUGUGGUGCAGAGAUGCUCAGGAGAGCUGCUGGGGAUCGUUUCCAGCAACACGCGAGACAUGGCCACUAAAGUGACUUACCCACAUCUGAACUUCAGCGUCCCAGUGACUGUUUUCCAGAGAUUGUUGCAGCACUUUGAGCAGACAAAGGAUGUUAAUGUAUUCAGGGAGCUGGACAGUACAGAAAAAGAAAUCAGGAGGGUGUGGAGACUACAAGGUGCUCAGAGCAAACUGUAACCGAGGACCCCUGCACUACACUGACACGUGGUAGAGAUGACAAAUCAGAAUGAAUUAGAUGAGACAUUUGCAACUGAAAGAAUAAUUACUGCUUAAUUGUCAUCUCAGAGUCAUGUGGUUAACCAGAAAAUCUUUAUAAGGGUACUAAUGUUUACAGGCACUUUAAGUACAUUUAUACCUGUUUAAUUGCACAAUAAUUACAUUAAAUUAAUCUUUUUUUAGCUAAUGUUUAGUGUUUUCUUGGUGUGCUGCUGGAUUCCCAAGGUUUUAAAAAUACAUUUAUCCAUUUAUAAAAUAACAAAAAAAAGAUCACAUAAACUGCUGGGAUAAAAAAAGUGAAUCAUCCAACUUUUGAUCCUUAUUUAUGUUACAGUUAUAGCAUCAAAGACACAUUUCUCAGAGCACGUGUUAGGAUUUACACCUGCGUCUGGUGCAUACAGUUUGUUUUUUUACCAGGCGGGGAGGAAUAUUCAGCAUAAUAGGCUGACAGGCUGCUGAAAAUGAUUGGUCCCUUUGGGUAGCCAGAGGACUGCUGUCGGUUUCAGGUAUUCAGACAUCUGUUGGCAGACGUACCCACUCACAGUGAACACAUUUGAGGUUUCACCCACUGGGAAGCUACUGGUUCUGAUUUCCAUUAUCACAGAAACGUGAAACUGAGAAAUGACAUUUCAGAGGAUUGGUUGCCGUCAGUUUUUACAAUGCUAAGACAAGCUUUCUGGGCCUGAACUCCUGAGGAUGUGCAUACGCUCUAACAUGCUGAAAGGUUUCUAUUUCACUGUUCCCAGGCUGAAUAGUUCACAGUGGAGUUUUCAGCAGUGUCCCGAGGAGGCUGAGGAGAGAGUUUUCUAAAGGCAUUGUGCUGUUCGAAGUGCUGAUAUGCAGACUUGUGUCUGUAUCUCAUUUCUGCUGGUUUCCCAUAGCUACAAGCCACACUUCACUGCAGAAUGAGGUGCAGUAGGGGUAGAUACGAGCGGAGAAGAACAUUGAAUCCUUAAGGAGCAUUUCGCACAGAGACGCAUGUGUUGUUUUUUUUUUAAAAUAGCAUCUUAUUAUAGGUGCAGUGUUCGUCCAUGCUGCACUGCUCAUUAAAAUAAGGCAAAUAUAUAGAUUUUAAUUUGCUAUCUGUAAUCACAAAUAUGGCUAGCCUGUCUGUGCACCAGUAACCAACUUUGCUAGAGGGGAAUUUUUAUUUUAGAAGAUGUAGUAAUAUUCUGAGCAGUUUACACGCUACUGGAAAAACUCAAAGGAGCACUUUUAAUUAAGAGUAUAGCAUCAAGUCAGUUAAACUUCUGGGAUCUUGAUCU